GCACAAUAAAAUAACUACUGAACAAUUACACAAAUACAUAAUGAAUAUAAAUGCAAAGGAAAUUUCAUAUAUAACUGUCAAUGUCCAUGGUCCCCUGCGCAUUCCCCUCCAUCUAGAUCUUCUCAAAAACCUUGAGGAUUCUGCGCUGGAAGAGGAAAUAGUGAAGGAAAGUAUUAAAAUCGCUAUCAAUGAACAUUUAGGAUGGUCCAAUCAUCUUGAUAUCACCUUUGGAAGCUGCAAAACUUCUGGGUCCAGCACUGAGCGCGCUACUACACAAGUUUGUGAGGCUAAUAUCUCACUAGAGGAUCUUGGAAUCCGCAUUAAGGCAAUUCAGGCAGCCUAUGACAAUGUUAUACAACAAGCAGCAACAUUGAAAGACCUCCUAUCUCUCUCUCAACAAGAACAGGAAAAGAUGGAAGAGAAAGCCAGCGAAAAAAAUGUAAAAGAAUACACAGAGGACUUAAAUGUCGGUGAUGCUGUAGAAAAAGUAGGGGUAUCGCAAGCACAAUGGAAUAUUAUGAAGGAGCGUGAUGCGGUUAUGCUGACCUUGCUGGAAUCUGUGUUGGGAAGCCCGACAAACAUAAUAGAUGCUGCAUGUCAGAUAGAAAACGAAGAUGAAUCCCUGCGCUCAGUACAGGGUGAAAAACUGAAACAAGGUUCAUUUUCUUCAGAAAAACCUCUAUUGGAAGGAAAUUCCUGGCAAAGCAAUGAUAACUUCCAUUUGAUGACAAAUAAUGAAACCACAAUGAAAGACUACACAAGUAUGGGGUACAUGCCAUUGUGAGCUGUAGAAUAUUGUUGUAGGUAGGGAAAAAUAGAAGAAAAAUGGCAGAGGGGAAGGGCCACUUCAGAUAUACUUUCAUCUCAUUUCCUUUGUAUUUUCU